AUGAGAAGGGACGAAUUGAGAAUAAAAAUUUACGAGGGGCGAAUUGAGAAAUCAAUUAGGGACGAAUCGAGAGGACACCUUCUGUUAAGAAAAGAAUGUUUAAAUGAGCAAACAUCAAUGACUGAUCAAAUAUUUUUAUCUGAUUCUAUCAAACCAUCAGAUGCAUCGAUUCAUGAUGGUCUGUGUUAUGCCAUGCACUACAGUCGUGUCAUAAUGGAGAAGAUCAUAGUUAAGUUUACCCGGGAACCUAACAGUCUGCAUGAAAUAUUAGAAGAAUUUGUUGUGAGUGUUAUACAUUUAAAAGUUCGUUCAUGUGAUUUACAUAGAUAUGCCCAUAAGUAUUUUACUGAACAUGAUAAAUCCAAUCGAUCAAUGGAAAUGGAUGACGAAACAGAACAACAAAUGAGACAACAAUCAGAUGAAAUUGAAGAAGCAGAUGAAACCGAUGGUUUAAGUCUACCACCUGCUCAUUCUGAUAAAACUAAAGAUGAACAGGAAUUUUUACGAUCAGCUAUUCCACAAUCAUUACCAUUUCAUGCAUUAGAUAGAUCCAGAUCAAAUCGAGAACACGAUGAAGAAGACUAUUUUUAUUGGGUGCAGUCGGGAGUAUAUGAAGCAAAAAUUAAUGAUAAAAUAGUAACAGAAUAUAAUAAUAAAGGUUCAUUUGGCGAACUAGCAUUACUCUAUUUACAAUCAAGACAAGCUACCGUGACUUGUUCGUUUGUGAAACGUUGCGAUAUUUUGAAAAAUGUGUCUGAUAAGGAGUUGUUGGAUAUUACGGAUUGUAUGAAAGAAGGAGAAUAUAUUCUAAAUGAUGCUAUUAUUCAAGAAGGCGACGAAGCAAAUGCUAUGUAUUAUAUUGAAAACGGUCAGAUUGAAAUACGAGUGAAAGAUGAAAAAACAGGCAAGCAUCUCUUGGUUAAAACAUGUAAUUCAGGAGAAUAUUUUGGUGAAAGAGUAUUUUUAUUCAAUGAUAAGCGUGCCGCAUCGGCCAUCGCUACAACAUAUUGCAAACUACUAACGCUAGAUCGAAAUAAUUUUGAUCGUCUUUUUGGCAGUGUGAAAUCGAUAUUGAAACGAAAUGCAUCAAACUAUGACACUAUACUCAAACAAAUACAAAAUAGACAAUUGUAG